AUGGCGUCCAUCGCCGCGCAUGCCUCCGCCGUCUGCCGCGUGACCGCGCCCCGCACGGGCGCGCGCCGCGCGUCCAAGGCGCGCGCGACUCGCGGCGUCGCCGUCAGGGCCGCCGUCGAUCUGAACGAGGUCACGGUCGCGGACACGAAACAGAAGUUCUUGAAGAGCUACCCCUACCCGAUCCCGUCCAUCUGGUCCGUCGCGCUCCAGGAGCUCCUCGUGACGCAGCACUUCGUGCGAUACUCCAAGAAGUACUCGUACAGCAAGCUGUCCUCCCUCGGGUUCGUGUCCGUGUACGAUCAGCUCUUCGAGGGGUUCCCCUCGGAGGAGGAGAAGAACACCAUCUUCGAGUGCUUCGUGAAGGCGCUCGAGGAGGAUCCGGCGACGGUGCGAAAAGACGCGGCCGAGCUCGCGUCGUUCGCGGAGGGCGCCAGCGGCGUCGACGGCGUCCUCGCGUCCCCGAUCUUCGCGCAGAUGAAGUCCCUGGUCGCGGACGGGAAGUUCGCGUACUCGAGGUACGACGCCAUCGGCUUAUUCCGUCUGCUCGAGCUCGCCAAGGCGACGGAACCGGCGGCGUUGGAGAAACUCGCGGAAUCGUCGGGGCUUCAGGCGCGUUCUAUACACUGGUUCCCAUACGACCGCGUUGGCGUGGUGAACGCCGAUCCUUAA